AUGAAAGAUCAACUACCGAUUGCGGACGAAGACGAGCAUAAUUCGUCGGAGGCAGCGUGGUGUUGGUGGAGAUCGGCGGCAAAGUUCGAGGAACUGGCAAAGUUCAAGUUGGAGAUGCCGAACCUGUCAAAGAUCACACCCAGAAUCAAAGUUCUCAGAGAAAUGGAGCGGCUGGCCUUGAUUGCACCCGAAGGUCUCGACGAGCUUCGGCACAAGCUUCUCGCGUACCGUUCUGGGGAUUUCUGGAUGCCCACCGGGGGAAUUAGGAAGGAAGAGAUGGACAUUCCUCCGGUUGUCACUUUACUGUUAGUAGGUUUCCAUAAUUCUGGCAAGAGCUCGCUCGUGAACUUGAUGUACAGUGUCCUUGGACGGUCUGGACUCAUCCCCUUCGCCCAAACAUCUUCAGGUAAGCCAAUGUUUGCUUCGUUUCCGACAACACCAGCAAAGAAUCUGAAGUUCACGGAAUCAAUAUACGAUAGAGGAGAAAGCGCAAAAACGAUGCAGUACAGAUUAGCUUGCACCACAACAAGGUUUAAUCAACUGUUGUUGGAACAAUUUCGGCCAAGAAGGCUUGCCUCUACCUUUGUCUCACCCUUUCGUAGUACAGGUACUGCACACCCCACCAACACGCACCAAGCACACUGGAAUUCCACCGGUGCAACUACAACGCCAGUCGAAGAUAUAAGUUGCGCAGUGUCCGAAUGCAUCUCUCGGUAUGGUCCACGAACCCACGAUCCUAUUCGCACCCGUAGAAAGCAGCAGCCGUUGGAUGAUUUAACGCCAACUGACAAGGACGGUCACAUCUGGACCCACGUCUAUGGGAUUGGGGAAGCUGGAGGAGGUGUGAUUCGAUGGAGGCCGGAGCAGCUUGAUACGGCUGAGGAGGCGCUUAGGAGAGCUGUUGAGAUAUGGAGACAGAACGUAAUGAGGGGUGAUCCCGAUUCUCCACACGGCAGAGUUCUGAGAUUGCUUCGUGGUGAGAAAUGGUGA